CGUCGAAUCGUCGAACGCGGACAGUGUCCGCCUCGCCGCACGCUCGCCGGAUCGUGAUCGCGCACACUACACGAGCGCGCCGCUCAUUGCGCCUGUCAGUUCUUCGCGAACUUUCGAACCGCUUACUUUGUUGUGUUGCGCGCCGGUGUUUACAGCAGAAAACAACUCGCCGCGAUGAGCGAAACCUUUGCCAGGCCGGAGGUGGUCCGCCAGCAGAUACCGCAGGAUGUCAUACCGCCCCCGAGUCCUUCGCCAGCGCCGCCAUCACCGCAACUUGAUAACAAUCUCACAAUCAGUACGAAGAUUUCAACGGAUCAACUUAUUUGUAAAACGCCGCAGGAUUCACCGAUGAAUUCCCUUGCGAAAACAAAGCGUAAGAUUCAGGACGAUCCGGCGUUCGAGAAAAACGCUAAGAAGAUUUCCGAGGUGGACACCAUCGAGACGAAUUGUUACAAUGUGUUGUUAUAUCUCGCGUUGAUGCAGAUAUUCCUCGGAUUGUUGAUGUGCACGUUCGGAGUGUUGGUUAUCAUGAACGAAGCCAGUUUAGCGCAGAUUGGUGGCGGAUUAUGGGGCGGAUGUCUAGCAGUCAGUGCCGGAACGGCUGGGAUCCUUGCAGCUGCGAAAAGUUGGUGUCCUUUGCGCACAGGAGCGCAAAAAGUGGCGCAGACGGUGUCGCUCACCCUCAAUAUGAUAACACUGGCGAUCGCCCAGUUAGUGUUAGUCCUGGCAGCGACAGGACUCGCCCGGGAUGUGCACAAGAGCGAAAUCAUCGAGAGCAAUACGCAGGUCACCGAAGAUAUCGUCGAGGUUCUACCGUCGAAUUAUCCGGCGUUGUUAUCAAAUGUUGGUCUGCUCAUCAUCGCUGCGUUUGAGACGGUGUGCGCGGCGGUGGCUUCGUACAAGACGGCGAGGUUGGUCUGCCCGUGCUUCCGCCAGUCUUCAGGAGAUGAGAAUCUGCAUGAAAACCUGCGUAUUGGCGGUCGGGACGCUUUGGUCAGCUCGUGGCUGGGCAAACAUUCGAUGCAGACCGUCCAACCGCAGAUCUACGUCGUGCAUGCGCCAUCCACGCUGGGACGACAUAGCAAACAUUCUGGAGGCAUGCCCAUUCUUCUACAGCAACCAAUGAUGGGUCCAACCAUGUAUCCAUUGAUACCUGCACCUUUGGGACCCGUACCGUCCCCGAUUAUACCAACACUACCACGUGAUCAUCACUACCGUCGUUUGUUACGCGAUCGUCAACCAGCACCGAAAGCCCCUAGUGCCCGCAGCAGGUCCCGCUCCCGAAGCAAAUCCAAAGAGAAACAGCUCACCGAAGCCGACGUCGCCAAGACCUACACCGGCCUGGACAGGAUGAUCGCCGAGGAGUUCAUCCAGAUCUGUGAUUCGCGCAACAACAGCCUCUGCAGCGACUCCAGCUGCCGCGACAGCUGCCAGUGCGCGUCCAGUGACAUGGGCUCUCGGGACUAUCUCAUUGAUAAAGUGGAGAAGGUCUAAUCAAUUAGGUACCACCCAAGCUUACCAAUUUUUAAAAAAAUAUUCGAGUGACUGAAUACUGUGUCAUGACUUAAUAACGAUGCAUUCACAGCGCUAUUGUAAAAAAAUGAUUUGUUAGCUAGGUUAGAAUUUGAAUAGUCUUCAUAUAGUCUUCCCAAAUUACAUUAUAUACAAUAAUCUACUCACUAACCAAGAUAGACUUCGAUUUUUACGUAUUUUUACAUUCGACAAUUGUAAUUUUAACCGAUCGUAACGAAUUUUAAUGCUCAAACGUAUGUAUAGUAUGUAAUUUUAAACAAAAUUUAUUAAUUGUUACUAUUGUGAUAUAUGUAUUAUAUUAAUGUAUAAUGUAUUCUUUAUUAGUAUCAAAAUAUUAUCUAAAGUUAGAGUAA